AUGCGGCGCCAGGUUGCGUGGCCGCCGGGGCCGUCGUCACCGCCUCCGUCGCUGCUGCUGCUGCUGCUGCUGCUGGCGGGCUGGCUCCAGCUCAGCACAGCAGUAUCCGCAGGUUUUACCAAGUCGCAGUCCGAUGAGGACGAGAAGGCAAAGGUGGAGUGGACGAUCAGCGCGCCGACCAACCGAGUCUACGUCGACCACGAGCUCGCUGGCGAUACAUACCAAAUUCGCAAGACGGACAACGCAGUCGGGUCUGACGCUAGCCCUUAUGAGAUCGAGCUGGACGGUGGAGGCACCGCGAACCUCUACCUCUUCAAGCUCGACGCGCUAGACACCAGUGAUUCGUGCUUUGCAUGCUUGGAAGAGGAAGCCUUUGCCCGUGAGUGCCUCUCUGAGACUCGAUGCGCAGGGAAGGCGUUCGACACAGGUGGCAUGGCGAUAAGCGAGAAAGCCCCCGACCAAGUGGCUGAUCUCGCCGAUGUGAGCGAUGCAGACCUCGACGGCCGGCGGAUUGAGCUCACGUUUCAUAUGCCGCUGUCCAAGGGCUUGCCCAUCACCAGCCUGGUGGUCCGACGGCAGGCUGUCGGCGACUCUGCUAUCGUGGACUACCGGAUUGGGUGUGCCACAUCAGACAACGAAUGUGAGCCUGGCCUCGUCACUCCGAUUGGUGAUUGCAACGAAAUGGCAGCCAAUCAGAAUCUUAGUCGCACAGAAUGUGUCCUCCCAACGUCUGGUGGUGAAGAGCAGAUCGGCUACGUCGUGGAGAAGUACGUCGAGGACAGUGCCACUGGCAUCAAGAAGGCAAGAGGCGAAAGCUUCAGCGUCCUGCUGGGCUCGUGGGAGAAUGGCAACGAAAAGUACAUCACGCCGACGCAAGCGUACACGUGGAGCGUGCUCGCCAUCAACGACAAGGUGGACUACACUUCUGAAACCUGCACCGUUGGCACCCAAAGCUGCCCGUGGAGCGCCACGAUAACAAGGACGCAGAAGCAGGCCACCCCCGACAAGCCGGGAGACCCGGCGGCUUCGGUCAGCGAAACCGCGCUUACCCUCCAGUGGGGUGUGCCCAACGACAACGGCAACGCGAUCACGGGGUACAGGGUGGCGUGCGAGGACGUUUCGACCUACACUCGACCGUCGGCAUGGCAGCAGGCACCUCUAUCCUUCUACCUUGGCGCACGUCCGAGCGCUCCAAACGCACCUACCCUGGACUUGAUGGAAGCUACGCUUGAAACGAGUGGCACUCAGUCUAUCGACAUCGGUGUCAGCGACAGUGCAACCACAAGCGGCAUUCAACUGGCGCCCGGCACAAAGUAUCGGUGCCAGGUCGUGCCGUACAACGAUUUUGAAGUCGACAACGUCCUGCAGGGCGGCCUAAACGCCCCCGCCUUCUACUCGGCGUGGAGCUCUGUGGUGACCACUCUCGCAAAGGCGCCCGAGGCAGUCAGUGAAGUUGAAGAAUGCACGGCCGUUCCGCAGGGCACAACCAGUGUGGGUGACAUGACAGUGCCGAGCGACAACUCGCCGGCGGGGCAGUUGAAAUACACAAUCAAGUGGACGCCCCCGAGGCCCAACGAUGAUAGUAUCAACAAUCCAGGAAGUGGCAACUACUGGAAGUGGAGGUACUUCUUCACUGGGACAGGGAUCGCCGAGCCCGCUUCUGCAGUUGGGGCGACCCGCAAAACGAGCUCUGGCGAAUCCAUCAAGCAAUAUUACGACUUCACCGGCCUCACCUACAAUCAACAGUACAGUUUCUGCGUCGAGUCGGCUGGGAAAGGUUGCGCCAGCGGCGAUGCGUCACCGUGUUUCAGGUCUGGCACACCAGGCGCCUGCGCAGCCUGCAACACUCAGACCUUUCACCCCGGUUCGCCCACCAUGGACGAUUUCGAUGAUCGUGCGGGCUUCGACGGCAAGGCGACCUCGCUCAAGAUCAGGUUCAAGGCGCCCACUGAGCUGUACGGCUCCACCGUCACCGGCUACUCCUUCAUCAUGUGCCCGAAGGGCCCCACAUGCGACCCGACGUCCGCUUCAGAAGCGGCAAACAGGCGCUACAUCUGCGACCAGACCUCCGCGCCGUCGGCGUGUGGAUUCGUCCCACCAUUCAACGGCGGCUGGUUCGAGUUCACGAUCGAUACGUACGGAGCCGGCAGUGGCAACUCAGUCCAGUCCGGCACAGAGUACAGCAUCAGCGUACGCGCCGAGGACAGCGACAGUAAUCGGAUCGGCUUCGCCUCCUCGCCCUCCAUCACAGGCAAAACAGCGCCCGUGCCAACGCUGCUCUCGAACGGCGUGUCCAGCAACGCUCGCGACAUCAAGGUGCAGUGGGACAAGUACACCUAUGACGGGGGCGAUAGCUACGCAGACGAGUUCGACGUCUACUUGUGCAGCGGGGCGACGUGCUCGAGCUCUGGCUCGUCAAUUGACAACGCAACCCUCAGAAACGGCAAUGAUGGCGGCGACUGCGCAAGCGAUGACGGAACCGAAGACCCUGGGACCACAGACUGCAGCUACACCUUCACCGGCCUUACGCCCGCGACGGAGUACACCGUUGUCAUUGUCGGCAGGGUCACGACAGGUCAGACCUCGGGCGACUCUUCCGCAGUUGCAAUCACGACGACAGCAGACAGGCCUGAGAAGCUCGGUGCGCCCACGAUUGAGGAGUCGAGGACGCGGAGCGCAGACGUCAAGUACACUGUGCCUGCCGCAUCCGACUGGACACGCACGGCCAAUCACCCUCAAGGCACCUGGUUCAACGGGGCUGGCAUCGAAAGCUACAUCGUCAAGCACUGCAAAACUAACUGCGCUAGCUCGUUUGACAGCUGCACGUGCUCCGAAAUGGAGGAGGAGAACACGUUCGCCGCCGCAGCACUUCCACAGACUGAAGAGGUGCCGGCAACGGGGGAGUUCGACCCCUUCGCGAACUACCUCGUCUGGGUCGUCGCACAAAACUCGGUGGGCUUCUCCGACCCGUCCGACAAGCGUUUCGUUUCUCGGUCCGCCACAGACAACGGGGGGGAGGAUUGCCGUGAGCAGCCCGAUCAGCUGCUUGCACCCCUCCUCGACGACUCAAAAGGGCAAAACGGGCUAACCAACUCGUCAGUCUGGCUCAAAUGGACGCGACCCGCUUCCAAUGGCGAGCCGGUCACCCAGUACCGAGUCUUGUGGACCGUCGAGACUCGCGCAGGUGGGGUCGGUGUGCCAGGCAGCGAGACUCUGUCAGCCCCGGACGAAGCAGAGGCAUCACACGAGGUCGACGGGCUCCAGCCGGGGAACAAGUACACCUUCAAAGUCGCAGCGUACAAUUCCGUGCCUCGUGGCGUCAAUGCGGCGUGCGGAAGCACAGGCUCUGAUGGAUGGAGCAUCCCAUCUCCGAUUAGCUCGCAGUUUAGCACCCUCCCCGUCAAGCCGCAGGCGCCAGGCGCCCCAACCCUGAGCGCCCGCGGAGGCACGUCCCUCACGAUCGAGUGGUUGGCACCCUUCGACAAUGGAGACGCCAUCACUGAAUUCUUCGUGUAUUCGGAGGCUUCCGAGAUCUCGCUAGACAAUGGACAGCUCGGUGCCAAGGUGCAAGUGGACGGCCAGGCGACACAGGGCAGGUCAUUUGCUUGGAACCCGCAGAACCUCCGCCCCGUGACGGAGUACACCUUCCGCGUGAGCGCGAAAAAUGGUGCCGGAGAGUCUGACCUCUCUCUAGAGGCUGCCUUCACCACUGACGUCUACGAACCGGAGUACCCGCUCAACAUCGUUGCUGCCGCGCGAACUGCCUCGUCCAUCUCUCUGGACUGGUCGCCGGCCGUCAACAAUGGCAUCAACAUCACGCUGUACGAGAUCUGCUACAACGAGCUUCAGAGCUCUUCCAGUCCUGAAUCUGUCUGCGGCAAAUCAGACUCUGGAUGGAAAGUGGCCUCAGGGACUCAGACCAUCGACUCCUACCCUACCCCCGGGACCCCGCUCACCGAGUCCGCGGCGUACGAAGUCAGUGUGCGAGCCUGCAAUGCCUAUGCGCAAUCGGAGCGGUGCCCAGAAGGUGACCCCAGCGAGGAGUGUAAGAGCGGAGCGGACGGCUGCUCGAAUUGGUCGCCUUUCGUGAAGCUCACAACCACCUCGAGCGGCCUCCUCACGCCGCCGGCGCCCGUAGUGAGCCUUGUCAACGCCACCAGCGCCACCGCCUUCUUCAAGUGGCGCGUCCGUCCGAAGGACGACUUCGACACACUGGGCACGACGGCGAUCGCAGUCUUCAAGCCCACGCUCACCGACAGCGAGACGGGCGGCGUUGAGGUGCUCGACCUCAUCACAGGCGACGCCUUUAGCGAGGGGGAGGAGUACUUGCUCUCCGUCACCGGCCUGAGCAGCGCGACGAGCUACUCUUUGACCGUCUCCGCUGGCAACGUCGAUGGAUUCGGUGAGGAGUCAAUCGCAGUCGUCUUCACCACCGGCUCUUCACCACCAGAGGCGCCCGACGCGCCCAGCUUCGACAGGACGCUGCCAAACGUCUUGCUCCACCUCUCUGGUGCAGCAGCCGACAACGGCGAGCCCAUCACCCAGUACCAGUGGCAGGUCAAGUUAUCGGACCAGUGGGGAAACCCGACCGACUGUGGGAGCGAUCCCAACGAUAGCACGUGCAGGGUCAUCGCCGACACGUCGUACUCGUACACGUAUCCAUCGCAGAGCUUCGACGUUCGCGUUCGCGCGUACAACGCCCUCGGUCCCGGCGAGUGGUCCGAGGCGACCACCGUGACUCCCACGGACCUCCAGCCAGCCGCGCCGAGCCUGGACGCGGUCACGGCGGCUGGCAUCGACUCGAUCGAAAUCUUGUGGUCUGCAGGCUCCGGCGCAGCAGCCGCAGACACGUACAGGCUGGAGAUCAGCGAGGGAGACUGCGCGGGAGACGAGGGCUGCAGGUCGCGGCUCGUUGAGGUCGACGCGUCCGUGCUGUCGUACAACCUUCCCGCUCUGCCCGGCACCCUCCACACCGUCCAGGUCUUUGCGGGCAACCUUGCAGGAUAUUCCGAGGUGUCCUCGUCGCUGAGCGCUACCACGCUUGCCGCGCCGCCGCCACCGUCGCAGCCGCCAUCACCGCCCUCGCCAUCGCCGCCACCACCCUCGCCACCGCUGCCCUCGCCACCGCCACCCUCGCCGCCGCUGCCGUCGCCACCCCCGCCCACACCGCCUCCUCCGCCGCCCACACCACCGCCGCCGUCGCCACCACCGCCAGCGACCAGUUCAGAACCACCGCAAAACGUCGAUCGGGGUAGUGGGGUGGAUCUCGGCAGCGCCCUGGCCUCGUCCCAGAUUCACGUGGUGUGGGAGGCGCCGGCAGACGACGGCGGAAAGCCAGUCACGGAGUACUGCCUCACAGUCACCGACCUCUCGAGCUCUCCCUCCGCGGUCGUCCUCCCCUCGACGUGCUUGGGCGAGUACCCCGGCGGUGGCCUCCCCAGGCGGGAGCACUACUUCACUACGGAUGGAAUCUUUCCGGGCCAGGAGUUCGAGUUUGCCGUCGUCGCCAGGAACGAGAUCGGCGACAGCGCCCCCGCGACCGCGACCCUAUCGACGGCGAGCUCGGUGCCUGAUCGGCUCGACACGCCAGCCCUGCUGCGCACGGAGCCGCCAAACGUGCCGCUGCCCGACAACAUCACCAUCGGCAUCCGACCUCUCUCGGUGCAGCGUCUGGGAGGCGGCGAGAUCUUGCGGUACGAGAUCUACGAGAGCGGCGCGCUGGUUCAGACCUUCGAAGCGGGCGACGUGGCGGGGAGGCUCGAGGCGUGCGGCUGCGACUACCUCGAGCACUCGCCGGCGCUGUACGACGUCUAUUCGGAGUACAUCUAUCGGGCCAGAGCUGUCUCUACCGUCGGGAACGGCACGCUCUCGUACGAGCUCGUGAUCGACGCCGCCGCCUCAAAUGCGCCUGUGCCGGUGAACGUGCGCGUCACGUCGACGGAGUCUCGAGCCGUCACCAUCGCCUGGAAGAUCAUCAAAGGCAGCUCGGACAGCGAGUGGGACCGCGUCCGCCUCACGCUGACGUGCAACGAGGAGGACUGCGACAGCGUCGUCGAGGAGGACGUGCAGGAGGUGCGCGAGUCUGCCUGCCAGGACGACGACGUGGGCUACUACAGCUGCUCGUAUGUCGUCUCCGGCGCGCGGCCCAUCACGCAGUACGCCGUCACCGCCCAGUCGGGCAAGGGCGGCGCAUACAGCGAGUCGUCUCUGAUCACCGACGACUCGCGCGUGACGACCCUCCCCGGGGCGCCGCAGCCGCCGGCCAUCGACGCGGCGCAGCCGACGCAGACUUCGGUCAAGCUGAGGUGGACGGUGCCGCGCGACAACGGGCCGGAUGUCACUGGCUUCGUCGCUCGGUACGCAUCAGCGGGCGGCGCAUCAGCGGGCGGAGGCGAGGGCGCGGUGCUGCUCGACUACGUUGGGGCCGCUCACGCUAGCUCAGGCGCAGUGAACGCGUCUCUGAGUGACGACGAGCUCUGCGGGCUGGUGCCGACCGCGCCCGCGUCGUCCGUCGGGUCGACCCUCGAGUCCGAGCUGGUCGGCCUGCAGCCGGGCACAACCUACGACCUCUCCCUCGUCGCGUGCAACUCCCUCGGCGCGUCCACCAAAGCGAAGGCCUCGGCGCACACGCACGACGUGCCCGACCGGCCUGAUCCGCCGUCGCUCGGUAGCGGCGUCACCAGCACCAGCCUCGACAUUGAGUGGCAGCUGCCCUAUGAUCACGGCCUUGCAGUCAGCGGGUCGGAGCUCGAAUUCAGUGGCAGCGCCACAAACUACUCGGGCGUGACCACCAGCAGGGUCGGGCUGCUGCCCGCCACGCCGUACGAGGUGCGUGUCCGCGCCUUCAACGACGCCGGCCCCUCCAGCUUCUCCGAGCCGGCCUUCCUGUGGACUGCCCCCGACGCGCCAAGCCGGCCGGUCCUUGAGGGAGGCAGCUGCGGGGAGCCUGUCGAGGGGAGCGGCCUGAGCCUCCUCAAGGGCGACCUCGUGGCCAACGGGCAGGUCAUCACCAAGGUCGAGGUCAAGACGCAGGAGACCGCCUCCGGCCAGUCUACGGCCCGGGUGGACACUUUUGUGGGGGCGGCGAUUGACGCCCCGAGCCUGAUGCUGACCCGCAACGGAGAAGGCUUUGUCGACUACCGAGACUACAGCGUGCAGAUGCGCGCCGAGAACAAGCUCGGGUGGUCGGACUGGUCCGUUCCAAUCACCUGCACCCCAGCCCCCGAGACGGACGCCCAGCCGCCCCAGAACCCUGAGGCAGAGCCGCUCGGCCCCGCCGCCGUCGAAGUCCGUUGGGAGAUGCCGGCGAACAGCAGCUGGGACGGCUUCGUUGUCAGCCUCGACCCGGUGCUCGAGAGCUCCGCGGGGCGGAGGCUGCAGCUGGAGGAUUGCGCCGUCGAGGCGCCGCAGCGCGUCGACAUUGAGAUCGACAGCCUCUUCUGCCCGCUCGCGCAAGGCGGCCGGAGGCUCUGCGAGCUCAACGUGACUGGCGGCACGCCAAACACAACCUACACCGUCAGCGUCCAGUCGAGGCUGGGGCAAGGGACGUCCUCCACCCCACCGGAGCUGCCCGUCGUGAGGAUGCCGCCGGGGCCGCCCCAGGAGCCGCAGUGCCUCUCCCUCUCCAGCGUCACGGACACCACCCUCCGCUUCGGCUGGCUGACGCCCCGCGACCACGGCAUCGCGAUCGCCGGCUUUCUCGUGACGUACACCGCCGCCAGAUCCGAGGAGGGGACGACAACCGGCGUCGGCCCAGGCGGCGAGACUUUGCCAAGGUCAGUCGACUGCUCGGCGGUAGCCUCGGCGGCGGCAGCUGCGGGAUCAAACGCCGGGCCGGAGGGCGGCGCACUCGUCGCGGAGGUGAGCGGACUGCAGACGGGCACGAGCUACGCCAUCAGUAUCAGCACCUGCAAUGUGGACGGCGAACUCUCCCUCGCCAGCGCCGAGCUGGGCGUUGGCGAGGCGCACACGCACGCUGUCCCUGACCGGCCAGCAGCGCCGCGGAUCGACACGGGGGCGGACGUGACCCCGAGAGGUUUCACAGUGCUGUGGGAGGCGCCGUCGUCUGCCUGCCGCGGACAGGCGGGCUGCGUCGACGACCACGGCCUCGCAGUCGACGCUCUGGAGCUCGAGUUCGACGGGCAGGUGGUGGACGCGUCCCUCGGCGGUGGGGCAUACGUCGCCACCGAUCUCAAGCCUGCGACGGCGUACCCCGUGCGACUCCGCUUCAACAACAGCCUCGGCGCCUCAGACUGGUCGGAUAUCGCCUAUCUGUGGAGCGAUCCCACCGUCCCAGACCAGCCCGAUCCGCCCGCCUGCUCCGAGUCGCUCCGCUCCGCGCGCAUGCUCGCUGUCGUGCCCGGCGAGGUCGUCUCCAACGGCAAGGAUGUCGUCGCUUGGGAGUUUGAGACGCGGCCGAUGGCUGCAACAAGCGGCGAGGGCGACUACGCGUCAAACACCUCCGUCGACCCGGCCCGCCUCGCCGACUCCUGCGGCAGCCUCCUCUUCGAUGGGGCGCCCUCGGAGCUGGCGACGCCUCCAUCCGCGUGCGACGGCGCCGCCCUGCUCAGCGACGGCGUCGACACGCCAGAGGCGGAGUACAGGGUGCGUGCCCGCGCCGUCAACGCGCUCGGCGCGUCGGGGUGGUCCGAUGCGACGGUCUGCUCGACGGCGGCCGAAGCCGUGGAGCCCUUCCCCGUCGUCUUUCUCGUCGCCGGCCUCGGAGGCGCCGUGCUCUGCCUGGUCUGCGCGAUGAUUGCUGUCUGGAAGACCAACCUGCACAAGGUGGUGGCGCCCAAGCUGCGCCGCAAGAAGCCGAACGACGAGCCGCUCAAGACGUUUGUGACGCAGGAGGCGGUGCCGAACGAGGACGAGGACCCCGAGCUGGUGAUGAACCCGGUGCUGAUGGCGCACCUGGCGCUGGAGGAGGACCGGACGGCGAGGAAGGGCAAGGAGGCGAAGAAGGGAAGCAAGGGGAAGGCGGGCCGCUCAGGCGGCCUCAGGCGGCUCGGUCUCAAUAUCGACGGGUCGAAGCAGGGACCGAGCAGGCCAAAGACGGGCAAGGAGCUCGUGGACGCGCACCUGGCGGAGCAGCGGGCGCGCGACACGGCGGUCAACGGGGUGGUGCAGCCCAUUGCGGGCGGCGAGGCCGCCGGCGGCGGCGCCGCAUCGCAGGAGGAGGGGCGUGGCCAGGCCAAGGCCAAGGUCAGAUUCGGGCUGGUGCGCUGA